AUGAAACUGAAGAUGCUCAACGGCGCGCCUAGGCGUGAACAUCUGGAUUUCAGCGACGGCUGUCUGUUACCUGCUGAUAAGUGCAAUGGUUUCAGUGUUUCUGCAAGAUGCGAGACGCCGCCUGUAGAUUCUACGCCUGCGAUGAAGUGGCGCUGCCUUGCGAAGAAGGAUGCGCGACUCCAAUCAGAAUGGCAGCACCCUUACCUCCCUGGGUCUAUGUUGGGAAGCCAUAUGGCAGAUGUAUCGCUUCCUGAAGUUGUUCGGUUUCAAUCAUUUGCACAAGAAGACACAACGGCGCUUGAUGCCACUGUCAGUUUUAACGACCCAACAUUCCAUACUGAUGGCUUGAUUGAGCAUUCGCUCGUCUUCCACGACACACUAUUGUCAUCUCAGGUGGCUCCGGGGGAGGGGCCUGACUCUACUAUCAACUCCUCCUCAUUCUUUUCCACAUCUUUCGAAACCACCACGUCGGAUUAUAGUAGUCCCAACAAGGCUGAUCAAUACACCACAAUUCAUGUCCCACUCAAGCUGAGUAUAACGCCACUUGCCUCGCUCCCUAGCGCACAGCAACUACGAGCAAUAUACCCUCAGACACCAACCCCAAACUUCAUCUGCGUCGUAACUUCAAACCCAGAGAAGCGCGAAGUCUUUGUCCGCAAAGGCGGUUACAAAAUGGAUCUCUGGGAAAUCAUAGUAGCGGACGACUCUUUCUCCGGUUUCAAAAUCGCCUUCUGGAUGCGUCCGAACCUAGACUCAAAAAACGAGCGUACACGUUCUCAGAAGUUGCUUCUUGACGCCCUACAAGCUACCAAGGUUGGCGAUAUCAUUCUGUUGACAAACGUUGCUCUCACAUCAUUCCGCGAUACAGUCUUUGGCCAGUCUUUGAACCCGGCAAUUGCACGCGCUCAGACAGAUAUUCAUGUCUUGAUGAAAAGUAAUGGUAUUUCAGCGACACAGCCUGGUAAACUCCCAGCGCCAAUUCAGGAAGCGUUUACAAGAGUCAGGAAAUGGGCAAGAAUGCAUAUCGCUUCUGAUAGCGGAGGCUCGCGGAAGAGGAAGGGUAGUGCACCGAAACAGGACGAUUUCGCUAAACGAACUUUUGGGACGAGAGACCUGGAUGACUCGAUGCCUCCGGAUACCAUGGACAGUUUCUAG